AUGUCUUCAACCUUCACAGUCAUCGAGCAUGUAAUGCCCGGUCAGCAUAUUAGAGAAUACCCACACAGUAUCAAGGGUAAACAAGAAACUCCCCUUCAGCUUGCCAUAAAACAAUAUAUUCCGCUCGAUCGACCCACGCCCAUCCCUGAUAAUGCGAUCACCAUCAUCGGGUCUCCGGGCAACGGUUCCCCAAAGGAAAUCUACGAACCUCUCUGGGAGGAUCUGUAUACGGAAUUGAAGAAGAAGGGAAUUCCGCUACGCGCUAUCUGGAUCGCAGAUAUUUCAAACCAGGGAGCAAGCGGAACCCUUAAUGAACAUGUCCAGGGUGACCAGACAAACUGGUAUGAUCACUCUCGUGAUCUCCUCCAUAUGGUCAAUCAGUUUCGCGACGAGAUGCCUCGACCGAUAAUCGGUGUCGCACAUAGUAUGGGCUGCGCCCAACUUGUUAACUUAUCAGUUAUUCAUCCGCGUCUUCUCUCGACUCUCAUCUUGUUUGAGCCUGUUAUUCUUGACGACUCCUUCAAAGGACCCGGGGGACCUAACCCAGGCUUCCUAUCUAGUCGCCGCCGAGAUCUCUGGCCUAGCGCUGAGAAGGCUAAGGAGUCUUUAUCCAAAGGCCUCAAAACAUGGGACCCUCGUGUGCAGGAAUUGUACCUUAAAUAUGGCCUUCGCAAGGUCCCUACUGCUAUCUACCCAGAUUCUACUGUCGGUCCUGAGGCCGUGACAUUGACGACAACAAAACAUCAGGAAUCCUGGAAUUACUUUACACCCAAUCUUGAGCCCGAAAAUUUGGACAGAUUACUACUACCUGAUUGGGAUGUUACGAAGGAACGUCCUUAUCUCUUUUCUCGCCCAGAAGGCUGGUCUGCCAUGAGGAACCUGGCGUUCCUAAGGCCAACUGUGCAGUGGGUUUUCGGUGAGAAGAGUUAUCUUUCUUCGCUCGAUUCACAAGAUGCGAAGAUGCAGGUCACUGGGUCUGGAGUUGGCGGUAGUGGUGGAGUCCAGGCUGGGGCCGUGGAAAAGGCCGUUCUGAAGAAUGGAUCGCAUACGCUUGUGUUUGAGAACGUGAAUUGGUGUGCAGAAACUGCGGCUAUGUGGAUUCAGAAGUGGUUUGCAGGAUGGCUAGCGGAUGAGAAGUUUUGGUCCGAAUAUCAGAGUCGACACUCGGAUGGGGAGAUGCUUCGAUUGUCGAAGGAGGCGAUUGCGGUUGCGAAAAUUCCAACUGGAACGGAGAGGGGCAAGCUACCGAAGGGCAAACUGUAA